GACAUAUUUAGAUAUAUUCUCUUGGCAUACUUAGAUGAUUUGUAAUAUUCUCAAUUAUGUAUAAAUCCCCCAUAAUCCUCUUGUAAUUACUCCCCUUCCUUAGAUACUACCAUUAUUCUUGUAUAAAUUGUGGUAAUACAAAGAUUUCCCCUCAAGGGGUUUUGUUCAAUCUCCUAUAUGGUAUCAGAGGUCGAUACUACUCCUUUUCCGCCACGGCUGGUGAAUCCUCCACGCCAAAAGCAACCAUUCAUCGUGCCCUCACUAUUAACAACAUUAAAACUCACAUCCCAAUCACACUUGAUCUUAAAGAAGAUGAAUAUUCAUCCUGGGUUUUCCUGUUUGAGCUUCACCUUGAGGCACAUAACCUCAUGUUUCUCAUAAACCAGGAUCCUGCUCCCAACAACAUAGAUGUACGCACCCGCAAACAGCUUGAUGCAUUGGUUCGGCAGUGGAUGUUCUCCACCAUGUCAAAGGACUUGAUGCUCACAGUUCUCAAGUCUGGGAAAACUGCCAGGGAUUUGUGGGAGCGCCUCAAAGCUCUGAUCCAGGACAAUAAAGGGACUCGUGCAGCAACUCUGGAGAGUAAAUUUGUCAAUCUCAAGUUCACUGAUUGUUCUGACAUCGACGAUUAUUGUGAUAAGCUCAAAGCUAUCUCCGACCGCCUCCAGGAUCUCGAAUUUCCCAUGGAUGACAAGCGGUUGGUCAUACAGCUCAUCAAUGGCCUCCCUCCAGAAUAUGAUACUGUAGCUUCGCUCAUCUCACAGACCAUGCCCUCUUUUGAGGCGGCUUGGGCAUAGCUCCGCACAGAGGAACAACGUCGGGUUCACCAAUCUUUUGCCGCUCCACCCACUGCUCUGGCGACUCCAGAACCUGCUGCUCCCAAGUCACCAAAUCACGCUCCCACCCCUGCUCGCCAAGCUCCGCCGCGUUUCUCGAAUCCCACAGGAGGACGCCGUAAUUGCUCGAACGGUCGCCGCCCACCUGGAUCCGCUCCAGCCGGCACCUUCAGUUCUGGUCGCCCGUCGUCCCCUGGGGUUGCUCCUGUUGCUGCUCCUCUGUUUUCAGGCUACCCCAUGGCACCCUUACUGGGCCGUUCCGCCUUGCCCCUAUCCUACGGCGGCGGCGGCGCCUUUCUGGUGGGGGCCUUCUGCUCCAGUCUCUCGCCCGCAGAUUUCGUCUAAGGCUCAGCCUUUGAGGCC